ACUUUUCUUUUUUUAAUUUCUCGAUAUAUAAUGGCGGGUGGUGGAAUGACCAAAGUGGCGGUGCUAGUGGCGGCGAUGGUGGUGUUUCUUGCCGGAGCUAAGGCGAUGGACUUGUGCAACGUGACGGAAGAUGGUUUGACGGCGUGCAAGCCGUCGGUGGUGCAGCCUAAUCCGGUGGAGCCUUCGCCAGAAUGCUGCGACGCCGUCGUCUCGGGGGCGGAUUUGAAGUGCUUGUGUUCGUAUAAGAACUUGUUUAUGUUGCCUUCUCUUGGGAUUGAUCCUGAUCUUGCCUUGGCACUUCCUGCCAAAUGCAAUAUCCCUAAUCCCACUGAAUGUUAAAUAUUAUCGUUUAAUUUGUUGUAGGUUUCGGUGAAGUUUUAUGAUUAAGAUUUUAAAU